AUGGUCAGAGAGCCUUCCAAAGCGACCGUAUCACGUGUGGAGGAGGGCAGUGAAGGGGUACCGUUGUCCGAUGCAGGGAAAAAAGAGCAAGAGAAAGUGGUUGAGCGUUUGCGAGAGGCGACCGGCGACGGCGACGACGGGUUACCUGAUCGUGGGCAACGUAAAAAGGAAGCGGGAGAUGGGGUGGACGGCUCAAAUGGGGAGAGAACGGCGGACAGCAACGGGGAGAUGGGAAAAGAGGACGGCGAUGGAGGCAAGGGGGAGAGCAGGGGUGAGGGUAACGGGGAAGGGAGCGAUGGACUGAAAGUGGGGACUGAUGUGAAGGAUGAGGGGAUGAGAGAGAAAGGGGACGGAGAUGGUCAGGGCGAGGAAAAACUUUCUGAGGCAACUCAGAUGUCAUCGGAGGGGCGGCAGGAUGAGAAUGUGGUGGUGGAGAGUGAGGGAGGGAGCCGAGGCGUAGGAGAGAAAGGGGAAGAGGAGAGGAAAGAGGAGAAGAGAGGGAUCGAGAUGGAGGAGGUGGAGAAGAAAGAGGGGAAGAGGGAGGAGGAGGAGAAGGAGAAGGAGAAGGAGAAGGAGAAGGAGAAGGAGAAGAAGGGGAAGGAGGAGGAGGAGACGGAGAAGAAGAUGAAGGGGAAAGAGAAGGAGGAGAAGGAGAAGGGGAAGGGGAAGGGGAAGAAUACCCGCGGACUGCGACCUGUACCACGGCACGUGGCAGCCAGACGCAACUUGAACCCCCUCGUUAUUUUUUCCCGCUCUUUGGUUGCCCAUGACCCGCCCCCUUCCCAGUCCCCGCGGACUGCGACCUGUACCAUGGCACUCCCCGCGGUCUGCGACCUGUACCACGGCACGUGGCAGCCAGACUUAGAACCGCCGCUCUACACCAACAACACGUGCGCCGCCAUCUCGCAGCACCAGAACUGCCAGGGCAACGGGCGGCCGGACAGUGGGUACGAGCGGUGGCGGUGGCGGCCGGGGGGGAGGGAGGAGUGCGGGGCGCUGCCGCGGUUUGAUGCGGUGGAGUUCAUGCACGUGAUGCGAGGGAAGAGCGUGCUAUUCGUUGGGGACUCUGUGGCAAGGAAUCACAUGGAAUCCCUGAUCUGCCUGCUGAGCCAGGUGGAGACCCCCCACCUGCGGGGCAGCAAGAGUCUGAUCCGAAUGGUCUUCCCGCGCGCCAAGCUCACCAUAGCGCGCAUCUGGUCCGCGUGGCUCGUCCACGAGUCCCCCGACCCUCCCCCCUCCGCGCUGCCCUCUGCGCCUGCGUCCCUUCCGCGCCUGCACCUGGACAGGACGGGGGAGAAGUGGUGGGGGGGUGUAGAGCGGUACGAUGUGGUGGUGCUGUGCACAGGGCACUGGUUUGUUAAGCCUGCGCUGUUUGUGGUGGGGGGACGCGUGGUGGGGUCGCAGGGCGGGUGGUGGGAGGCUCAUGGGAAGGAGGUGGAGGGAGGGGGAGGAGUGGGGAAUGGCGAGGAGACGAGAGCAGGAGGAGGAGGAGGAGGAGGGGGGGGGGGGGCGGGAGCGGGAGGGGGAGGAGGAGGAAAAAGUGGGAAAGAGAGCGGUUCUGAAGGCAGUGCGGAGCAGCUGGAAAGGAAGGGAGGUGAGAGUGGUGGGCAGGAGCAACAGAGGGAGCAGCGGAGACGGUUGGAGGGAAGGAUUGCAAAUGAGGAUACACAGUCUUCAGUUGAAAACAGACCCGCCAGUAGCAGAUGGAUCCAGGAUAUACAGGUUCCUCUGAACAACACUGCUGCGUUCUCAAUUGCCAUUCGGACCGUCUUUGCGGAUGUGGCUGCGGCUGUCAAGGCGAACCCGAAGCAGCUGUUUGUCUUCCGAACCUACUCCCCGGACCACUACGAGGGCGGGCAGUGGAACACCGGAGGCUCGUGCGCAGGCCUGGCCGAGCCUCGCGGCAGCGGCUACACCUACGAGAACACGUACGGAAACGCGAUUUAUAACGAGCAGAGGGCAGCUUAUAACGAGGCUAUGGAGGGCCUGGGAGAAGACUACAAGUGGCGGUUUGGCCUGAUGGACAUAAUGCCGAGUGCGGGGGUGAGAGUUGACGGGCAUCCGGGGCCGUACAGAGGGCUGAACAGUGUUGCCGAGCUGGAGAAGCGCAGGCAGGAGGAGAAAGAGGCCAGGUAUCCUCCCCCGCAGGACUGCCUGCACUGGUGCCUGCCGGGGCCUGUGGACUCGUGGAAUGUGUUUCUGCUGCAGCUGGUUAAACGGCAUAGGGUGAUGGGGCAGGCAGGGACGUAG